AUGGAUACUCGUGAGAAACUCUGUCAAGAAUCUGGUGAGCCACUUUCUGACAGCUCUUACUAUCGUCAGCUUAUUGGCAAGCUUAUUUAUCUCUCUCUCACGAGGCCAGACAUCUCCUUUGCGGUUCACAAGUUGAGCCAAUACAUGUCACAUCCCAGAACAAGUCAUCUCAAAGCUGCUUACAGAGUCCUUCGAUAUCUCAAAAUGGCUCCUGCUCAAGGUCUACUCUACUCCUCUGAUUCAGACUCCAAACUCAGUGCUUAUUCAGACUCGGAUUGGGCUUCAUGCCCUGACUCCCGAAGGUCUGUCACAGGUUAUUGUAUCUUCUUGGGCAGCUCACUUAUCUCUUGGCGUGCGAAGAAGCAGGCGACUGUCUCCAGGAGUAGCGCUGAAUCAGAAUUCCGUGCUCUUGCUCAUACUACAUCUGAACUGGUUUGGUUGUCUCAUCUUCUCAAAGAUCUGUGCAUCCCCUGCAUCAAGCCUCUUACCAUUUUCUGCGAUAAUCAGUCAGCAUUGCAUAUUGCAAGCAAUGUCGUUUAUCACGAGAGAACCAAACAUAUUGAGCUAGAUUGUUAUUUCAUUCGGGACCAUAUCAACUCUAGCUUGAUCAAAGCGAUGCCUGUGUCAUCAAAGGAACAAGCAGCUGAUCUGUUAACAAAGCCAUUACCAUCUGAUCAGUUCAUUUAUCUGUUGUCCAAGAUGGGAGUACAUGAUUUGUACUCUCCAUCUUGA